CGCAAGCGUAGUUCAAAUUCAUCCGCCAUAUUCGUCGUGUCAGACGAAGUGCAGUGCACGGCUGUGUCAUGUUUUAUCGUAAAAUACAUACAACUCAUGACAUCGAGUCUUUAUUGGUGCUUGUUUUAUAUAGACAACUCUGAAAUAUGCUAUCUGAUGUAGCCCCGAAUGGACACUCGUGUCGCUUGUUGAGAAAUAAACGUGCAACGAACUGUGCAUUCGUGUGUUUAUGAUAACAGCAUUAACAGUAACCGUCGGUCGUGUAUUGUUUUUAUCCGUAACUGGUAUAAAGGUUGAGUGCUAUUAUGCAAGAUAACAUAACCGUGACCUUCGUUUAUGUGACCGUGCUUAAGGUGAUUUUUGAGGUUAAAAUGCAGCUUGGAUUUUGAGCGACUGCGCCGAGCCAUCAGAUUGGCGCGCACCGAUGACGGACGAAUCGGAGGCGGGUCGGCGGGCGCGCGCUCCGCCGGCGCCGCCGCCGCGCCCGAGCGUGCGCCCCGAGCCGCGCCCGCGCAACUUACCUCCCGCGCCGCGGCUUAUCCGUCCCUCCGAACAUCUAGCGAUGGUAGAGCAGGCACGGGAACGGCGACCGCCUCCACUCGUACCCUCGGUUACGGUGGUUCAAGGGCCCUCGAUGUUUCAUGGCCCCAAAAUGGUGCAUAGUCAAACUAUGAUGCAAGGUCCGUCAAUGGUGCAAGGUCCUUCAAUGGUGCAAGGGCCAUCAAAGGUGCAAGGGCCAUCAAAGGUUCAAGGGCCGUCAAAGGUGCAAGGGCCGUCAAAGGUGCAAGGUGGUCCAAUAUUGCAAGGGCCACCGGUGGUGCAAACAAUGCAGCCAAAUAUGCAAGGGCAUGUAGGGUCAGGACCGAGACCGCCACCCCCGCCUCCGGUGCCGCGGCCAUAUGCACCGCCACCCACGCGCAUGCCGACGCCGAUGUCCCACCCUUUGACUAGGUUGCCGCAGCAAAGGAGAGAUAUUCAGCCACCACCGAUUGUUCACGCUCCGCCGAUAGCUCUGCCACCUCCAACCGCUGCUUCAGCGCCACCAGCCUCGCACUGCUCCGCGCCACGAACUAUCGUUAUUCAACGGCCGGACGCGCGGCACGGCUUCGGUUUUACAUUAAGACAUCUCGUUGUUUACCCACCGGAGUCGUUACAGGUAAAUACAGAAUUAUAUGAAGAUGCGCGUCAUCUGGCCGUUGGCGCUGUCGGCGCGCCAAUGGACACGAUCUUCGUAAGGUCGGUACGGCCAGGCGGACCGGCGGCGGCGGCGGGCCUGCGCGCCGGCGACCGCGUGCUGGCCGUCAACGGCGAGCCGGUCGCCUGCGGCAGGUCGCGUGCGCCCUACGCGAGGGUCGUGCAGCUAGCGCAGAGGGAGCCCAGGACGCUCAGGCUCACUGUUGUGCCACGGGAUCACGAUUUGUUGCAAAGGUAUUUCAGUGAAGCGGCAUACAACCCAGAGACAAAUCAACGUCCGAUCGAUAUGCCGGCGGUGACGGAACACGAGUCUCGUCUGUUCGACGCUUACAGACGGCCGCGGCUGCCGGCUCUGCCAGCUCCUCAAGCACCCUCGAGGCAUCGCGAGGAUCCAGAAUACGCGACGGUAGCGCCGCCAUCUAGAUACGAUGGGCCGCGACUACCAACUACACAACAUUAUCUAUUACAUGAUGGCAGACGAGAAUCUGACGCUUCUCUACCAUCAUCAGCAGCGGAGAGCAAAGACAGUCUCGGUUCCUUUGAUUCGAAUUCGACACUCACAGGCCGAGAGCUGGACGACUCGAUUAUCCUCUCCCGAAUACGAAAGAGUCUCGAGCAGAAGGAGGCCUUCCUCAGACGUCCGAGUCAACCUACUGGAUGGGUCACCCCAGACGCCCCACCGCCGAUUAAGCAGAAGGAGUUCUAUGCUAGGCCACAGAAACUACAGAAGCCAGCUUGGCCUCCUCCCGCUUCUUCCCCACCUCUAGCAGCUUCCCCACCACCACCGCUUCACCAGCAGCAGAACCAGGAUCAGAGAAAAGAAGAAUGCGCUACAAGCGUAGACAGUGGGACAUACAGUGGCUACGGUGAAUUGAAUGGAACACAUAAUGAUAAAAAUAGAUUAAAACAAGAUAAAAGUCAAUUCGUAGCGACGUUGUCCAAGAUACACGAAACCUCGCCGAACGCUCAGAGUACGAACGUCGGAACAUUAAGCAACGGAUCAUCUAUAGAGUUCAGAGAAGAAAACGCUUCAUCUAGUAAUCAAGAUAAUAGAUACCCAGUACCUGAGCUCCAGUUGGUCACGGCGCGCACAAGACAGUUGGAAGAAGCGCGUGGAGUGGGCGAGAGACGAACGGAAGUCGCGCGAAGUGAACUCGCCCGCCUUUCAACCACGAGAUUAGAGCCGAGCGUAGCUUUGAGAAGGAAGGAGUUCGAAACACGAACAGUUAGAAGAGAAGCCAGGUCACUGGAUGUACAACCUCAGCAUGAUUUAGAGCAAGAGUCACCACUCCUCGGCGGGAGCCUAUCAGGAAAUCAGUUAAUGAUCACCGGCAGCAAACACCUCCAUUGUCCCCCUCCAGAAGGAUACAUGCCCGAAACAGAAAAGGUUCAAAUGCGAACAAGGUCAAAUAGUACCGGUAGUGAAGGAUUAUCCAUUAGAAGACAUCAUGCCACAGAUGGCAGUCACGCGAAGAGACGAAUGGGGCUGAACAGAGAACAGAUGGAGGCGAUGAACCGCGUGUCGCUGCCGGGCGAGGGCCCGCAGAGGCCGACGCAGCUGAGCCUCGCGCCGCCCUCCCCCUCGGCCUCCACCUCGGCCUCGCCCACGCCCACCACGCCCGCCGACUCAGGUUUUGCUGAUGAUUUGGUGACAAGACGACAGAAGAAAGAUGCGCAACUGGGAGCAGAAGAGGAACGUGCUAUGCGCAGGGUUUCCUAUUUGAAAGCAACUUGGGGUGAUCGACUUCAUUUAGACAGUGAUGUUGAACCCGAUGCCGACCAUCUUGCUCUGAGAAGUGCUUACCGAAAAUGGCGCCCUCCACGUUUCACUGAAGACAUAACACCGCUGCUGCGAAUAUUCGACCCCCACGCCACCCUCCCCGUGCGUCCGGAGAAGAAAGGCGAAGAGGAGGCCGAGAGUACCGAAUCUUUGGAAGCAGAUGUGCAAGGCAAUGUGCAAAUCAAAAUGGUGGUCAGCAACGGAAAGCGCGCAAGUGACAGAUCCUGGAAGCAAGUAUGGGCGGUUCUCCAAGGCACCAAGCUCUAUCUUUACAGACAUCAUCCCACUCAGAGCCCCGGCGCCGUCAGCGGCAAUGCGACAGGCGCAGAGAGCGGCUCACGUGACACGCUUGACGUCCGCUACUCGCUCGCCGCCCUCGCAGACGACUAUACGAAGCGCAAGCAUGUCGUGCGCGUCACUACCGCUGCGGGCGCAGAGUUACUGCUCCAGGCGGAAGGCGCUGCAGAUGCUCAGCGCUGGUUGGCGGCUCUCCGAAGGCAUUCAGCUGAGCCGCCGCCGGGCGAGCCAGCGACAGCACUUCCGCCCGCGCCCGCUUCCGCGCCACCCACCGCCACCACUGCACCCGCCACCGCAGAGUGCCCCUCGCCACUGCCACCGCAACGCACUAAAAAGAUCGGCAGGAACAGGUCGCCUACCGGUCCCCCGACACCAACUCUCCCGUCGUCUCCUAAGAACAAGACGUGGAAGGGUCGCGUGGCGAAGCAGCUGCGACGCAUGCACGGCGGCACGGGCAGCGCGGCGCCCACCGUCGUAGGCUGGCUCGGCGCUCCACUCGAGCGCUGUCCCGCAGAUGCAGAAACUCCCUCUGUGCCCAAAGCCGUCACGCUACCCGCUCAGGCUGUCGAGGCUUACGGGCUCCGCACAGUGGGCGUGUACCGCGUGCCCGGCAACGCGGCGGGCGUGGCGGCGCUGGCGGCGGCGCUGGACCGCGGGGAGCCCCCGCCCGCCUGCGACGCGCGCUGGGCCGACGUGCACGUGGCCUCCAGCCUGCUCAAGGCCUACCUGCGCCGGCUGCCCGACCCCAUCCUCACCAAACAUCUCUACCCCGCUUUCAUCGCGGCCGAUCGUUCGCCGGAAAGAGCGCGCGAGCUACGCCGUCUCGUUCACGCCCUUCCCCCGGCUCACUACGAAACACUGAAGUACCUGAUCCAACAUUUGCGCAAAGUAGUCGCACAUUCUGCUUUUAACAAGAUGGAGGCAAGAAACUUAGCCAUCGUGUUCGGUCCAACGUUGGUACGAGCGGCCAGCGACGACAUGCUCGCUAUGGUCAACGACAUGUCCAGCCAAUGUCGCAUAAUCGAGUCCUUCCUGACACACUACGACUGGUACUUCGAGGAAGAGGAGGGCUCACCACCCGCAGAGCCGCCGCCUGCCUCCGACCAGCUGUCGCCUGCACCCGCUCCCUCGCGCGAUUUGCUCAUACACAACGUCAAGAAGAUUGAAGGGAAAGACGUGUCGACUCGCGACAUCGUGUCCUCGAUAAUAUCGGCGGCCAACCGCAAGAUGCAGCGCAAGCCGCGCAAGAGCGACAAGAAGUGGGAGGACAAGCCGCGCUCGCCCGGCGCCUCCCCCCCGCGCUCCCCGCUGGCCUCGCCCCCCGCGGCGCUUGCGCACUACGACGGCCUGCCGCACUUCCUGCACGAGCGGGAGCCCGACAAAACCGAUAUGGAGACGCUCGGACGUGGGCGGCAAGAGAUCUCGCGACACGCGCACACGCUGAACAACUUCUCCAUCGAUGGAACCGGAGACUUGGUGUCCUCUCUCACGAGCACGUUCGACCAGAAGCUGCGCACUCUGAACAACUCCUCGCCGCUCGACGACGGCAGCAUCCCCUACGCGGACGAGUGCCAGGACGACAACGAGGAGGGCAAGUCCAGCGGCAGCUCGCCCUCCGACGCGGGCUCCGUGCGCGGGGCGUCCCCCGUGCGCGCGCGCGCCGACCAACUCAAGGCGGCCUGGCUGCGCUCCGCCUCCUCCUCCUCCGACGAGCCCGACGCGCGCGCCUGGCCGCCGCCCCGCGCCGCCCGCGCGCCCUCGGCCCCCGCGCCCGCCUCGCCCCCCGCCACGCCGCCGCGCACCGACAACGACUCCGAGAAAGAAAACUGCGGAGCGCCCAAGAAGAGCCCGCGCGACGACCGCCGCGACGACGAGAAGGACGUCGACACGAGAUCGCAGAACUCCAGCGACGCGCUGCCCGACAACGACAAGGGCAUCGAGCGGGCGCUCUACCCGAACUACGGCGCGCAGCGGGCCGGCGCCCCGGACUGCGGCAAGCGCGCCGGCGCCGCCCUCGACUGCGAGGAGGCCGAGCCCGGCGACGGCGAGGUCGACCGCGCGAAGCUGAAGCGCUCCGAGUCGCUGAACAGGGAUCGCGAGCGCAACGAGGCGCGCGUGCUGCGCUCCGAGAGCCUCAACUGCCGCGCGGAGCGGCCGCAGCGCUCCGAGUCGCUGAGCAAGGGCGAGCGGCCGAGCAAGCUCGAGAAGGGCGAGUGGAACGUGGUGCGGCGCCGCGAGGCCGGCGCGUGGCGCUCCACGAAGCUGAAGCGCAAGAACGGCAUGCCCGAGCGCGGCAUCAAGCGGCGCCACACGGUGGGCGGCACGAAGGACUUCGACAAGGACGGCUGGGCGGCGCGCCACACGCGCACGUCGUCGCCCGACCUGUCGGCCGGCGCGUGGCGCGCGUGGGCGCCGCUGGUGCCGCCGCCGCGCCCGCCGCUCGAGUCGCACGUGUGACGCGCCGGCCGCCCGCGCCUCCUGUCGGUGCUUCUUCACUCCCGCGCUGAAAGCGAUGCGACGUCGCGUGCACCUUCGCGCGCCGACCGUGCUAUAUUGUAUAUAUUCUCUGUGACGCUCGACGAGUCGGAUCCGGCUCGCAUCCGGAGACGGUUCGUGGAUGUCGCUGUGAGAGAGGCUAUUAUUGAUUCGAUUAAUUUGACUGAAUAGAUUAAGUCACAAAUUUCUAAAUAUAAAAUAUUGAUCAAAAUAAAACUAAUAAUACUCAGAAUCCUCUGUAACGUGUCGUGUUCGUAUCGCGCAUUUACAAUGUCUACGUGAAUUGAUCGAUAGCAAAGUAACGAAAUUUUAGAUAUUAACGUAUAGUAUAAUGAAUGAUACAGAGCGAAAGUGAUUCGUCUGCAAUUUUAUUGAUUGAAUAGUGCAAUACACAUAUAUUAUAUUGACAAGGAGAAAGUAUACAUAGGUGUUACACGAUUUAUUAGUGGAAGCGAUAAUGAACCUAGCUCACUAAAUAAUGCCAAAGAAUGAUAAAAAAGGUUUCUAUUGAGGAAAUAGUUACGCAAAAUGUAUCACGACGAAGACUAGAUUCAGAUAUCAGUCAGUGAAGAGUAUUCUGCUAUUAGAUGUAAAUACAAUGAAAUAUUAUCAUGAAAAUGGACAUAUUUUCCAUAGUUGUAGAGUUUCGUACGACAGCGUACGCUUUCAUGAAAGUCCACUAAUCUACAAUCAUUCUGUAGAAUGACUCCUUCGGUAGGUGUUGAACUACUUUUAUUGGAGUUGCUGUGGAACUGAAAAUGACUAAGAGUGCAAAAUAAACAGCAUAAUAUAAUUAAAAAUAAGUGCUACUAGUAUGUAAUUAAUAUGAGAAUUAAUUAGGUACGCCCGAGGGCUUAAACAAUUAUAAUAAAUAAGAUAAGUGAUAAGUACCAGACGAAAGGUAUGACCAGAACACUAUAACACCACUUUAUUGAACUAAGGACUGUUUCUAUAAGAUUAAACGUAGGUACUCUUGGAGUUUCAAACGUAGAAAUGAUUUAUCUUAUGGUAUUAUUAAAAUGUUAAACAUACAUGCAUUACAUCACCUACUUGCCUUCGCAUUUAAGCGAUAUCAAUUUUUAAGCACAAUUUUCAAUGAAUAGUAGAUAUUUUAUGAAUUUAAAGUUACCAGCUAGUGGUUCAUUCGGCAAGAAUUACGAUAAUCAUUUCUAGCUAUUAUAUAAUGACGUGUAUAUUUCAUUGCCUUAAAUUUAAAAUUAUCAAAGGCGACUUGUAUUAGUUUAUAUUGUAAAUAAUGAUGCUAUGAGUUUAGACAUGACUAUACACAAUCUAGCAGCUAUCCCUAGCGUAGUGACGAGCGAGUAUCGGAUGUAACAGCUAUACAGCGGUAGCGAUGAAAGUGAUCCCUUAAGCUUUGUAAAAAUUGUACAUUUCUUUUAUCCUUAAUUUAUAUUAAAUUUGUUAUCGUAGCUUUGUUGAAUGCAAUUAUUUUUUAUUGUUUUGUUUAUCAAAGAAAAGUAUUUUUAGGCUAAAUUCAAUUGUUAUUUAUUUACGAAAUGAUGUAAAACGUGAUUCGGCACUUUCUUAUAUAAAAAAAUAAGAUUAGUUUUGUAAAUAUUUUCUGUAAAAUGAUAUUUUAGACUUUCGUUCAUUAUUUUUAAAGAAAAUUUUAAUACCAUCUUUAUGUUAAGACGAUCUCAAGUUUGUUGAAUGUUUGCAAAGCGUUCCUUUUAAAGUUUUAUUUGUAAAUAUAUCAUUAACUGUAGGAACAGUGAAUUUACUAAUUUUACAUCAUACGUAGUAGUAGAGGAUAGUCGGCAGUGAGCGAGCCUCGGUACAUAUAAAACGCGUGUCCGCCAGGACAAGCUCGCCUGUCAGUUUACAAGUGAUUUGUAUUCAAAGUAACCUAUUCAUGCUCUUCGUGUAAUCCGCUAUCAAAUUCAAUAAGCACACUAUUAAAGACAUUUUGCAAAUGUGGUUCAAACCAGAUUUACAUUAUUUGUCAUUGUGUAUAUUUUGGAGAAAUGAAAAUAAAAUAUUAAAUGAAUUUAUAAAA